AGAAAGUGUAUGAAUGUGUAUUUUAUUUAUUUAUUAAAUUGAAUUUAAAACUAUGUCAAGUAAUCUUAAUGCCAUGUCAAAUAACUCUAAUACGUAUGGUAUGUUGGUCUUGUUUAAAAUCAACUAUAUAUAUAUAUAUAUACUUGAAAAAAAUGCCCCCUUUUUUUUUCUCUAUAGGAUAACCAUGGUUUCUUAUUCUUUUGUUGCUUUGCUAUUAGUUGGUGUUCAUCAAGUUACUUGUGUAGCUAUUCAUAAUGCAUGGCAAGUACCUUCUGGUUUGACCAACAUCACAGAAAUGAUAUCUUCUGUCAAAGUCCCUGCAGGAUCAGAUCCUACAAAUACUUAUUGGAUGGCCAAUGGUUUCUCAAAUGGUUAUAUGGGUAUGCAGCAUAACUCAGGUGAUGAACGUCGUAUCUUGUUCUCUAUUUGGGAUAAUGGAAAAGGGAGCAAAGUGAACCUGGUUGAAGCAGGAAAGGAUGCUAUUGCUGAAGGAUUUGGCGGUGAAGGUACUGGUGCUCAUGCCUUUAUUCGCUAUGGGUGGGUACCAGAACAACCUGUGUUCUUUAAGGUGACUGCAGACGUGGAUCAUGCUAAACAAGGUGCUAUUUAUUCAGGCUAUUACAGUGUUGGUAAUCCCGACAAUUGGACUUUGGUAGCCAGUUUCUUUGCUGAAGAACAACCCAAGUAUUUGACAGGUCUCUAUGGAUUCUUGGAAAACUUUGGAAGUGAUAGAACACAGUUGCGUGAAGGAUUCUAUGGCAAUUUUACAGUUAAGAAUGAAGCUGGAACAACAGCCAUCAUCACUGAAUUUGACUUCACACACACAGAACCUUAUCCAGAUGAUGUUUGGAUGCAAGUACAAGACAAGGAAGUGUAUCAGCGAAUUGAUGGCCCCAAGACAGUGGGUAUUUACUCUCCUACUAACCCUUGAAAAUAACGAUGCCAUGCUUGCGUCAUAUCAAUAAAGACAUUCUUUAAAUGACGUCGAUGUUGUAUCAUGUAUGCAGACAUGGUAUAAAAGAUAAGCACUUUCUUCUUUGUUGU